AUGGCACAUGAAUCCAACAAAAGAAGUCAGCAUCUAUCUCAAACACCACUAGCUAUGCAAGGCUUACAAGAACAGCAUCAUCCAUUUAGCCUGUCCAAUGGCAACAAUAUACAUGGUCAUGUAAAUGUUAAUAAUAAUCAAUCAUCAUCAGUACUAAACUCACCAGGUACACCACAACACUUGCGUUACAAUUCAAACAGUAGUAAUGUCCGUACAAAUAUGCGCAAGGCUGCUUUUAAUCAUAUGAGAACACCAACACCAUCAUCUUAUGAUAUUCCAUCCAGUCCGAAGGUGAAUCAUCAAAAUACUCAAUUGCCACAUCAAAACCAUUCUGAUCUGUCUGAUAGCAAUGCUAUUUUGGAUCUGGUUGCCCAUGAUGUUGAAACAAGUACAAAUACACGUUCGCAUUCACUAAGGCUGAAAUUGGCGCAACCUUUGGGAAGUAAUCAACUACAGAAUACUGAUCAAAGUUAUUCAGAGCAACAGCAGCAACAGCAAUCACCACGUCGUCAGCAGCAGCAACAACAAUCGCAACAACAGCAACAGAGAGCCAUGUCCGAUGAGGAGCAACAAUUGGCAACAAAGUUGAAGGAGACUUAUAAAAACAUUGUCAACUACGAAGAAGUUGUACAAAAGAAUUGCAUCGAAAUCACUAUCAAAAUCAACCAACUCACGGCUAGCUCAAAUCCUAGUAUGGUUUAUAGCAACCAACUAGUAAAUCAAAACCUAUCCAGCUCAUUAAACUCCAAUUCAUCGAUGAAUUUCAAUCCUACCAGAACUUCUGAGCUACUGAAUGAUCUUUGGACGGUCUAUCACCAUAACAUGACUUUAUUGGACAAUUAUUACGAUUUUUUAGUCACAUCACUAAAGCCUUCAUCCAAUCAAACACAAUUCAAAACGGGUAAAAAUAUUGUUGAACUAUACAAAAUCCCCCGUAGGAUGUGGGUUUACGGAAUCGUUGGAUUUUUGGAAGUCUUAAAGAAUAUCAUGGGUAUUUUCCAAGAUCACGAAAUUUGUGCAUGCUUUAUCUCCCAUUGCUUUAACAUUAUAUCAAACUUGACUGACCCAAUAUUGGAGAUGGAAGGAUGGUGGGCAGAAAAAUUGGGAGAUUUAUCUAGAAUGGCAAUAGCAUUGUACUCGUCUAAAUUUAUUGAUUGGAAAAUUAGUGCGGAGUAUUGGUAUUCUGUUUCAAUGAAGACACUUUAUGGACAUGGUAAAAUUCAUUAUCACAUGUGUACUGUACAACAAGAUAAUUUGGAUGCAUUAGUUAAUAUUAGCAAGUCAGUCACUUGUCGUGACCCAUUUGUGCCUACACAACAUUAUUUGAGAUUAGUUGUUGAAAACAUUUGCACUCAAAGAAAUAUUCUUUCUCUAUUGGAGCUUCCCAUUAUUGACUUUAUUAAAAUUCACAAGGUCUUGCUCAGCAUAUAUAAUGGACGUAAUAGUGAAAGCACCUCAGUGGAAAAUAUUCAUGAUUCGCAGUUACAGUAUGGUAUAGAUUUGGUAACAAGGUAUGGAUUAACGUUUGGUUCUGAUUCCAAUGGAUACAACUUCUUUACAAGAGAGAUUUACAGUUCAGGAGGAAUGACGAUAAAUGAUCCACAGGGCCACCUGUAUUAUCAGAAAUUACCACCUCAACAUCCACUGCAAAUACCUACUCAGAUACCAUCACAACCACUUCAAGCUCCCUCAGCGACAAAUACUUUGGAAAAGAUGAAUUUCUGGUUCAAUAAAGGCUCAUUGUUUGCCAUAUCAAAUAUUAACCAUCUAAUUGGGUUUGGUGAUGCCAAGAACCCAUUUGCAAAACUUUUCGAGUUACCAGAAGCUUUAAAGGAGAGAAAAGACAAGAAAGAUAGAAAAAGGAAAUCAAGAAGUGUAUCUCAAUCCGAAGAUAUCAUUCCACCUAAUGCAAGUGGUGGCCCCAGUUCAGGUCUCAGUGGUGGUGGUGUUGAUGGACAAUCGGUCGUUGCUGCCCAUUUGCACAAUUAUGAUUGGUUUUACAGCUUGGAGUUUAUCAACAAAUCUGUAUUAGAGUUAUCAAUGAGGAUUUUAAAUCAUUAUUUGGUUGGACCAAAACAAGCAUCAACUGGUCAUGUUAUCGUUUGGUUAUAUUUUUUGAUCUGUGUGGGAGAAGGGGUUAAGAAGUACCCAGUGUCACAACCCAUGUUUGACUGGUUAUUCAAGAACUUGUUCCCUUGGGAGUCAUUUAUCAAUUAUUUGAAUUCGUUGUUGACAUUUGUUAAAAAUAGUCCUAAAUUAUGUGCAUUGUACACUCAGUAUUUACAAGUACCUUAUAUUGCUUGGUUUUGUGAAAAUGAGUUUCUUCCCGAGGUUUGGAAAUGUUGGGGAACUUUAUGGUUUGAUUUCAUUUGUGAAAAAGGUGAUUAUGUUGACGUUGAAGAAGCUGGGAUCAAGAAUAACAACUUGUUUGAUUUACCUGUUAGCGGCACUUUCCCAGUAUUGAAUAUGCCAAGUGAUUCAUUUGAUCAGAAAUCAAGAAACCAAAUGGAGAAUGAUAAUGAUGAACGAAUUGUUCGUAUAAUCUUGUUGGCAAGAACUUUGGCAGAUGAAUAUGAUUUCGGUUUAGUUCGCACGAGCACCGAUUUCAAAUUCGAUCAGAAUGCAUAUAACAACCCUACAACUGAUCCAUUUGCAGAACAGUUUAUCAAUGAUGAUCGAUUCACCACUAAUAGCUUUUGUCAACCAAUAUCUCCAGAAAAUUUGACUAGUGAAGCUAAUGCAAACCUCACACCUUUGCAAAAAGAUGAAAUGUGGUUUGGUGGGUUAGAUAGUCAUCUUUAUGAGGAUGAGAACUUAGAGUUGGAAGAUGAUAUCAUUGAUGAUGAUGAAGACGAUGGGGAGGAUGAUAACGAAGAUGAUAUCCUUGGCGAUGAAGAGGAUAUUCGUUAUGAUGAUGAAAACGAUUUGGAAAAGCAUUACCCCGGACUUCCAAACCACAACUUUAAUCAACAAAGUGGUGGUGGAGAGAUGUUUUACAAUGAUGCAUUCAUCGGUAACCCAACUGAUCCGUUGACAUUGGGUACUCUCAACAACGAUGAUAUUGAAGGAAACUUUGGUGACAAGAUUGACAGUAACAUUACCUAUGUGACAUUGGACACCAAUAUUUGGCUCAAACAUUGUGGACGUAUUUUCAAAUGUGUGAGAAAUGGAGUUUUGAAAAUCACAAUCCCAUUGAUUGUGUUUCAAGAAUUACGAGCAUUGAGAAAAUCAGCUGAAGCUACUAUUGCUGAUGCAGCUACACGAUCGGUAAUCAUUAUUCGUGAACUCUAUCUCACACGAGAAGUUGUUCCUUUGAGAUUCGACGGUACAGUUGCUUCUGAUAUCAAUGAAACUAUUGAGUUUGAAAACAAUUCCAACUGGAGAUCAAAUGUCGAUGAAACGAUCUUACAUGCAGUAAAUGAACAUGAUGAAAUGGGCAAACGAUUGAUGAAGGGACUCAAUAUGAAACUAUCACCAUAUACUCGGUCAUCACCAGUUGCUAAUGACGAAUCAUACCAAUACUAUGCAAACUCCAUCAAUCAACAACAACAACAACCCGGAGGACACUACGAACAGUAUUCACAAGAGGGGGGUCAACAUAACCCAUAUGGUCACAGUCAUCAUAAUCCUAACUUCUCCUACUUCAAAAAAGAUGCACCGAUUUUGAAUUCUCGUAUGGCCAAAUUGUUCAAAUAUUGUAUAUUGAUUACUGAUGAUCGUAACAUGAGAUUACGAGCAAAGACAAUAGGAUUGACUUCAUUCCAGAGUAAAUGGUUGUUUAGUCAAUUAGAAACAGUGUUUGCAGAUAGAUGUAUAGAUUAA